UCUUCCGAAUUUGAUGAUAUGCAGAAUAUUCCACUAGAUAAUGCAAAUUCAAGUAAUAAUUCUUCAUCAAAAUGCAAAUCCGCAAAAGAAAUAGCAAUUUUGAGACAACAGUUAGUAGAACUCAAAGAAACCGCUUUAGAAUUAGAAAGAACGAUUCAAUUGAAGGAAUCUCAUGUGGAUACAGUAAAACGAGAUAAUGAGAGAUUAUUACAAGAAUUGAAAAAGCAGCAAAGAACUAACAGAAGUAUAAAACAACAGCUGGAUGAUGAGAGAUAUUUUUAUCAAAAAGAAAAAGAUCAUUUUCAUCGAGAAUUAGAAAAUUACAAGGAAAAAUAUUCGGAAAGUAAUUCCAAGUUUCACUAUCAUGAAUGCGAGAAAAUAAAAUCUCAUUUUGAAGAAGUGAAUCGAGAUUUGAAAAAUAAAUUGAAUGAAAAAAGUCAAACGACCUAUAAUCUUUGUGUGAAAUUUCUGCGAAUGAAAAUGUCUAAAGAAACACUGAGAAAAAAAUUAGAUCGCCUCAUCAAUGAGCAUUUGCAAGUGAUGUCGGAGAUGAUGGAAAAAUUGGAUGAAGCAAGAGAAGAAUUCAAUAUCAUUGUUUCCGACAAAUUUCAAGAAAAAUUGCCAAUUGAUAAAUUAAAGUAUCUUCAGAUUGUAAAGAAAAAUAGUCGUUUGGUCCAUGAGAAUGCAACAUUAAAGUUACAAAUUCAAUAUCUUAUACAAACAAUUGAUACAUUUAAGAAUGAUUCAGAAAAUUCAAAACCAGUAAAAAUUGAUCCUAAAACUAUUGACAAAUUAAUAGAACGUAAUCGGGAAACACGUCGAAGGAAUUAUUUGCAAAAAAUUGUAACAUUACCGUGUAGGGACAAAAUCGAGACUCAACUUUAUUCUAAUAUGGAAACUUACCGGAUUGUCGAUCAAUCGGGUGACGCUAACUUGGUAACGAAACUUGAUGAAAAACAUUGUAAUCAAGUUUUGGAAAUGGAUAAAGAAUUUUCAAUAUCUAAUCAUGAUCAAUAUUUCAUUGGAGCAAAAAUCAUAGACACACAAAGUGCACCAGCAAUCGUUCAAUCAUCCACAUUUGAGCAAUACCAUUUUAUUUUGACGGAUGGCAUUAUUUUUGAACGAAAUCUCAAUGUUCGUGAUAUGGGAACGACAACUUAA